AUGUUUGACAUCCGGCCGAUGAUGGUGUUCUACUGGUCUCACCUGUCCUACGUGUGGGUCUGGAUUCUGCUGGUGAUCCACUGUGCAAACUUCUGGAAGUGGUUUGUGGUUCCCGGUUUGGUGUUCGUGCUGGAGAAGAUCAUAGGAAUCGCAGUUUCUCGGAUGGGAGGUCUUUACAUCGUGGAGGUCAACCUGCUGCCGUCCAAGGUGACCCACCUGGUGAUCAAACGUCCUCAGUUCUUCCAUUUCAAACCUGGAGAUUACGUCUACAUCAACAUCCCCGUGAUCGCCAAGUACGAGUGGCAUCCGUUCACCAUCAGCAGCGCUCCGGAGCAGUCAGAUGUUCUGUGGCUUCACAUCCGCUCGAUGGGUCAGUGGACCAACCGCCUGUACGAGUACUUCAGACAGGCAGAGAGCCCGGAGGUCAGUCCCAAGAGGUUGGCCACGAGCCUGAGGAACCGGAGACACCUGAUGAAGACCCAGGAGGAGUUGUUCAGCUCCACAAACAGUAGCGGAGGAGUAGCUUCUAAUGAGGACGGCGCCAUCGAGCUGAUGAUGUACCGUCAGAAUGGCUCGCGGUCCGAAGAGGCCGCGGCCCCGAAGUCUGAAUCUCAGGGGCCAGCCGAGCCUCUUCCAGACGAGCAGGGGCCGGCGGAGAGAGGAGAGGCUCCUCCGCUCAAAGAGGUUUCUGUCAAGUUCGGUGAGAAUCACAGGUUCUGUAACAUCAAGGCUGGCCUGCUGCAGAUUCAGCUUUUAGAUAAGGAGUACAACCGGUCAUGUCUCUGCAGUAGUUCAGCUUUCUUGUAA